AUGGUGUUUAGGUGCGUCGCGAUCGCUGCGGUGGUGAUGAUGGCCGGUCUUGCGGCGGCCAAUCCAGCCGUCAAUAAGCCCGCCUUCUGGAAGGACACUCCGAUGGAUGGGAUGGUCCGUGAGAUGCGUUCGCUUUGCGAAACGGAGCAAGACUCGGCCGCUUGUCUGAAGCUGAAGAUCAUGAACUUCCUCGACACCGUGUUCAAGAAGGACAACUUCCAGAUUUCCGACGAUGUGGAAGUCCGCAGCAAUGGUGCUCUGGCCAACGAAGCGCGCGGACCGAGCGGACUGGUGGAGCAGGUUGAGAACUACCUGCGUAGCCAUGACGUCACCUUCAAGCUGCCGAUCGCCGAUGCCAAGGUAACCGUCUCGCCGCGCAACAUCCAGAACGACGAGCUGAGCGUUACGUUCAACUUCCCGAGCGCUUCGACCGGACGCGGCGUGGAGGCGCGCAAGUCCAAGCUGAAGAAGAUCGUCAUCCCGAUCAUGGUGUUCAUCCUGCUGAAGGCCAUGACUCUCAUCCCGAUGGCGCUCGGUGUGCUCGGUCUGAAGGCGUGGAACUCGCUGCAGCUGUCGUUCUUCUCGUUCGUCGUGUCGGUCGGUCUCGCUAUCUUCCAGCUUUGCAAGAAGCUGGCUGCCGAUAGUCACCACCCGCACAUUGCCGCCCACGGUCCCUGGGAAACCCGUCGGUCUUUCGCCGGCGUCGAGCAGCCCGCCUUCGAGGGUCAGGACGUCGCCUACCGAGCCUACGCCUAG